AUGUCUUUGAAGCAGGGGUGCUCUGAUCAUUUGCGGAGCAGGAUAAGUCUUAAUAAUGUCGUUGGUGAGCAUAAAAAACUGCAUAAGCCUUUCAAGUUUGUUAACGCAGUGGCGGGAAUGGUGGAGUUUAAACCGAUGGUUGACAUUUUCUGGAAAGAAACAGAGGCUACUUUCAUGUCCACCUCGACAAUGUUCCGGUUUACCAAGAAGUUAAAGGCUCUUAAGCCGCUGAUUCGCAACCUGGCAAAGGAACGUCUAGGGAACUUGGUUAAGAGGAUAAAGGAGGCUUAUGCCACACUUUGUCAAAAACAAGAAAUGAACCUCAUGAACCCCUCUCCCCAGGCUUUGAUAGAGGAAUUGGAGGCCUAUCACCGGUGGGAUCAUGUGGCUGCUAUAGAAGAUAAGUUCUUAAAGCAACGUUCGAAAUUACAUUGGCUACAAACGGGCGGUCAAAAUAGUAAGACCUUCCAUCGGGCUGUUACAGCAAGAGCGGCACAGAACUCGAUCAGGGAGAUACAACGGCGUGAUGGUACAGUGACAUCUAAGGGGGAGGAAAUUAAGGAGGAGGCUGAAUGUUUUUUCAGGGAGUUCUUGCAGCGGGUUCCAGACGACUUUAAGGGUUCAGAGUUUGUUCUGGCAAUACAAUCAUUCUUUGUGAAGGGAUUUCUGCCUAAGGGGGUUAACUCAACGAUACUUUCUCUCAUUCCCAAAAAGAGUGAGGCCAGUGAAAUGAAGGACUACAGGCCAAUAUCUUGUUGCAAUUUUAUUGCUGGAAACCAAUCUGCUUUUGUUAAACACUGUUUGCUCAUUGAGAACCUCAUGCUUGCUACGGAGCUAGUAAAGGACUACCAUAAGGAUUCCAUGUCUAGUCGCUGUGCUCUUAAGAUCGACAUCUCUAAGACCUUUGAUUCAGUCCAAUGGCCUUUCCUCCGCAAUGUUCUUGUUGCUAUGGAGUUUCCUCCGGAGUAUAUUCAUUGGAUUAUGCUUUGUGUCACUACUGCUUCUUUUUCGGUCCAAGUGAAUGGGGAGCUCGCUGGAUAUUUUCACAGUACAAGGGGGUUGAGGCAGAUUGAGGGUAUUGUUGAAACGUUUGCGGUGUUUGGCAGUCAGUCAGGGCUCAACAUAAGUCUCGAGAAAUCUACGAUCUACUUUGCUGGUUCUUCAAUAGCUGCUCCUGAUCUUGUUCACUUUCCCUUCGAGAUUGGCCAGCUCCCAGUCUGUUACUUAGGUCGGCUUAAUUUGAUUUCUUUGGUGCUGUGGAGUAUUUGUAAUUUCUGGCUUGCCGCUUUUAGGCUCCCAAGGGAAUGCAUCAGAGAAAUAUAUAAACUUUGUUCAGCUUAUCUUUGGUCUGGUCCGACGUUGAAUCCAUCCAAAGCAAAAAUUACUUGGGAAGAUGUUUGCAAACCGAAGCAGGAAGGGGGACUUGGUCUACGAUCUCUCAAGGAAGCGAAUGAUGUUAGCUGUUUGAAGCUGAUUUGGCGCAUGGUCUCAUCUGGUAACUCGCUGUGGGUGAAAUGGAUAGAUCAGAACCUUCUGCAUGGUUUGUUUUGGUCUAUAAAGGACAGUACUACUCUAGGAUCCUGGAUGUGGAGGAAGUUACUAAAAUACAGGGACGUUGCUAAAAGUCUCUGCAAAAUGGAGGUCAGGAAUGGCUCUCGUACCUCAUUUUGGUUUGAUGAUUGGUCCGGUUUGGGUAGGCUUGUGGAGGUGGUUGGUGAUCGUUAUUUCGACCUGGGAGUUGCUCGGCAAGCUACAGUUGCAGAGGCUUGGGCACAGCGUAGACGACAGGCUAGCUUUUCCACCAAAAACACUUGGAAUCAAAUUCGUACUGCUUCACACCGUGUAGCUUGGUACGAUUGUGUUUGGUUCGCCUACAACACACCAAAGUACUCGUUCUGUGUCUGGUUAGCCGUUCGAGAUAGAUUGUCCACUGGUGAUCGGAUGCUUCAAUGGAAUCAAAGUGCAGACUCGUCUUGUGCCUUCUGCGGUACCAUGAUAGAGUCUCGUGAUCACCUCUUUUUCACCUGCAGCAAUGUGACGGAGAUUUGGGGGGCUUUACCUAAAAAUAUUUUCCGAGACAAGUACACAACGAACUGGGCUGCUCUAGUCACGUGUGUGGCGGAUCGUUGGCCGGACAGGGUGGUUGGUUUCAUCGCUAGAUACCUUUUUCCAAACUACGAUUUAUACUCUCUGGAGAGAGCGUAA